UAUGUUGUAGGCCUGGAGGUGGCGCGCUAAUCUACACUUUUCUACACUAUCUUACACUCUAAAAGAUUCAAGAUAUAGCGUUGAACUUGUAAGCACGUUGUCAGUGUACAUACGCAAUAUACAUAUAUUUGAUAUUUUGUUUGAAGUAUUGCAUUUCUGAGACAAUGUAUUUUUAUUUUGGGCUGCUGUUUUAUAUUCUAGCAAUUUUAUAUCCUUGAGAAGUCGACGUCUAAACAACGGCAUGCAUAAACAAAUGGCACAUCAUGAAGAGCCUGAACGUUAUAACAAAUUCUUCAAUCCGAAUAUGUGUCACGUUUGCAAGAUGAGAGACCAUGGCGACUUUAUAACAUGUGAUCAAUGCUACAUGAUCACCUACUGCAAGACAGAGCACCAACAAAAAGACUACCCGCAUCACAUACAGAUCUGCAUGGCUAUGCAAACACUUUUGAAGAGCCAUCCACAUCUCUGGGUCACUGUCCAAUUAAGUUUGGAGGGAUGGAACCAGUCGAGGAAAGAAUUUGUAGGUCUGAUAAAGACAAUGCUGUCACGUGAUUUAAAGCCAUACGAGGAGCAGAUGAUUAUAUUCGCCAAAUCAUGUCUUAUUUGUCACCAGCAGGUGAACAUUCACCCUUGCAAGAAGUGCUGGUCCGUUAACUAUUGCCUUGAUCACGCAGAAGCUUUCACAAAGAACCACCACACCAAGUGUAAGGAUCUGCUGUUACAUCUUACUCUGUAUCUGGAGCUGAGAUGUAUUUCAGUGCCAAUUAUCAAAUUCUGUGCGUUUCCCAAUGUGUGUAGACGUGUUGACAAUAUGCAUACAUUUUGUGAACAAUAUGUGCGACGUGGAUAUUACACCAUAAAAGGUUACACAUGGAUCACUGCGGAUUACUUCUACUCCGAUUACUUAUCAGCACCACUAACACUGUAUUAUGGAAUGAAAAAUGUAAAUCUGUUAAAAUCUAAGAAUAAACAAAAUCAUUAUGUCGUUCACAUAAUAGCUGCAGGCCUGGUUGACAGGGAAUAUUUGCCUUAUUGGGAACUUUUCCUACACGGUUUGCCCAAUGUAAAAGACUUAAAAAUUGUAUUGAUAGGGUCAGAAUUGCGCGCUGAAUGUGAAGAUAUUGCAGUUUGUGCGAAGUGUUCGACAACUUACAGGCGGAAGCUUAGUUUCGAAUGUAGCAAUAUGUCAUACCAUAGCUACAUGGACAGUAAUUCGUAUCAGCGGCCAAAUGUAGUUGUGGGACUUCAGGCAGAUCUCAAUGAGUGGGACGCGUUAUCGACAUUGCUAGUAAAGAUACGAAAUGUGAAGUGUCCGUUACUACUGACUGCAAAAUCAAAACUCAUGUCUCAGCGGAAUGUGAAUCUGAUCAAAGCGUUUCUGGACACAACUGUGAAGUUUGUAUAUCAUGGUGAAAACAAAUUUUGUUCUGGCAAGCCGUACAGAGAUUUGGAGACUGAUGGCGCAUCUUAUCGCAAUAAGUAUUUAGUUAUCUACCCGAAUUUGUUGCAAAAAACUAAGUCUAAUUAUAACAAUCGCCGUAAUAAUUCUUCAUAGCACUCAGAAAAGACAUCUGGAUACGAGAAAUUUUAUUUGAAUACGAGAGAUCAGCUGGAUAAAUGAUUAGCGAAUACUGUCUUUAAUUAAUAUAUUUCAUUUUAACUUGCACUAUUCUAACUUGCACUAGUGUGUACCACUUCAGGCAUUUUAAUUAAAAAAAACCUUCUGUGUGGCGUCUAUUCAGACAGUCACAAUUAUUAGAAAAAUUGAUUCUGGUAGACAAAAAAGACCAGCGACGAGAGAAAAACAAAUGUGAUGAUUAAUGUUCCUCACAUUAUACUACUGUUGUAAAUACUAGAUAUCACAAAUAAUUUUUUAGUAGAUAUAAAAAAUAGCAGCGAUCAAUUCUAACUGUGACAUUUAAAAUUCCACCGACAUUUUUCUUGAGCGAGAAAAAGGAAACCAAAUAUUACAUUUAAUAUGUAAGAUCACAGAAGAACAUAAACAGUAAAUAUGGGAGCCCACAGAAGAAUGCAAACAGUAAAACUUGAACAGUGAAACUUAAGUUAUAAGCAAGUUGACUAACCACAUGUGAUGAUUCUUCUUAUGAUCUAGGAAUAAUCGAUUGUGAUUUGUCGAUUUCAUUACUGCUUACAUUUUUCUGUGCCAUCCAUUUAAGUGUGCAUUGAUGUUCAUUUCACUGUUGCUACUUCGUCGACACGACUGUCUAUGUAAAUAGUUUUAAAAGCUAUAUGCAGGUUAAAUACAGAUUAAUUCUAUGAAUUAAUAUUUGAUGUUUUUAAUAAAAAAAAGUUUAAUUAGAGUUUCAUUUCUUUUUCACGUUAAUAUCCUAAUAGCACAAGAUCUUCUAGGAACCACCUGAGAACAUUUUUAGGAUGUAGAAGCAUCCUUAGAACAUCCUUGGAAUACUCUCUGGAUAUCUGUGCUAUUAGGGUAGUAUUAACCAAUUUAAGAAAGACAUGCUGGUUGUGUAUAAAUUCCAUAAAAUUGUAUGAGCAAUGUUACCAUGAAAUAAUCAGCUUAAAAAUGUGCAUUUGUAUUAUGUAAAUAUUAAAUUUAUUACAUAAAGCAGUAUAUCACACAACUGCAGAAGACUUUAUUAUAGCUAAUAAUAUUUUACUUGCGUUUAUUUGCACACGAUGCAGUGUUGAGUUUGAGUCAAUCAAGCAGUCUUAUAACAUUUUCCAUUUGUUCUGAUAAUCAACAAAUAAUCAUAAAAUUAAUGUGACAUGCAACUUUCCUUUCUAAUCUUUCUAACUUUUAAUGAUUAAAAAUAAAAAAAUUUCUAAUUUAUUUUCAUAAUUUUAUGUCGUUAUUAUCUUAAUCGUUUAUUAUCUAAUUUUUUAUGUAGAUCGAAUAUAGUAUAUGUAUUUUAUCUCAGUUAACAAAAUUUAAUUGAUACGUAGCGUUUUCAAAAUGUAUACCUAUGUUUUCUACUUAUGGAACACUAAGAAAAAAUAUUUGAAAAUUUAUUAGUGAGAUAUAAAGUUUAUUCACAAAAAUAGUUUAUUUCGCAGAAAUAAACUUUAUAUCCCCUAAAUAAAUUGUUAAAUACUUUUUUCUUGAAGUAUAAGAAAAUAUAAGCACGUAACACCUCAGCAAACCGUCAGGUUAGUUAAAAUUAUAUCAGAAAUUUGUACUUCACUUGAGAUUUGUACUUUAUGUUGUGUCAUAUAUGCGUUAUAUUCUUCAUAUGAAUUCGUUUGGGGAUCUACUUGACUUUCUUUAACUUGAAUUGGUAUUUCAAUGGUAUUUUGAUUUUCAUGGUGUAGAUACCAUGUGUGACACACAUCUCCAAAACCAGUUUUCUCCACUAUUUUUAUUUCACGCAGCCAAAUUCCGUGCAGCGUUUUUGUAUUGCGCAGUUAAAUACUACAUGUUAUUACUUGAAUUUCGUACAUUAAGAAAAAAUACAUGCAAUUUAUUUGAGGAAUAUAAAAUUUAUUUCUGUGAAGGAACUUUACAUAUCUUACAAAUAAAUUUUGAAAUAUCUUUUUCUCAUUGCAUUGUUUCCUUUUAUGUUUUCUACUCUGCUGUGUUGAAAGUUAUAGUAAUAGAAUAUUUAUUAACAUUGUUUCGGUUUAUUCAUUUAAAUGUAUUAGUGUCUACGCGUUAUCUGCUAUUAUUUUUUGUAUUCGUUCUUGGCGUUAAUUAUUUAUGAAUUUAAUUGGAAGUACUAGUAUUAACCUUACAACUAGUAACUAGGUUCAUUUAUGCUCGGGUUAUUUUAUGGAGUUUUCGUUUCUCGGAGCAUUUGUUUAAAGAUCAUUAAAAAUAAAACAUCUGGUAAUUUAUUUUCCACAAAAAGCUAUUUGAUUUUCAAUUGGAAGAAUAAAGAAAAUAUCAAUAAUUGUUGAAGAUUUUUUUGCGUAUCCUAAGGGGAAAAAAUCGAGGAAGAGACAGUAAUGAGUCUGGUUAGUCUUCUGCAGAUAGCAAAAAUAUUUUGUCACUUGGAGGAUUGAGUAUUGUUUGUAUUGUAUAGUGUACUAAUUCUUAAACUAUCUGGCAUUGAUAUCACAGAUUAUCACAAAAUGUCAAGAGGAUAAAAUCAAGGAGUGAGGAUGCUAGGUUUUAUGGUAAUCUAUAUUUGUGUGCUGCCAGGUCUUAGAAAGUAAUUAUGCAAAAUUUUAUUCAGAUCGGCGUCAAAGAGUAUAAGAGUUGGUAUGGAAUAUGCAGACAAACAUUCAAUUUUAUACGUAAGUUAUUAUGUUGCAUAUAUCAAGGAGUGACUUCAAUACUUCGUAUUGCAUAUAUCAAGGGGUCAUUUUAAUACUUUGUUGCAUACUUCAAGGAGUGAUUGUCGUCAUACAUUUUGGUCUGCUUAGCAAACUCACUUUUUCGUAUUUUUCUCACAUAUAAUCUGUCAAUUUGUAACCUAAGAGUUUAACAAUAUAUUAUUGUUGUUAUCAUUAUUAUUAUUAUUAUUAUUAUUAUUAUGAGCAAAAUGCUCAACAAAUCUACUUCUACGAAUUUACAUCGGUCUCCCUUGCUUGUAUAUUCCCGGCUUCAAAGAUUCUGCGUAAAUAAAUAGUUUUAUAUAUUCACACACACAAAACAACAUUGUCCGGCGGACAAAUACGCACGUGUAGCACGUUUCUGUCAAUUAAGCGGUUGAUAAAUAUUUUUCAGAAUGUUGCAGUAAAUUUACCAAAAAAAAAAAAAAAAUAAAUAGAAAAAAAUGCAUCAAGCGGA